AGGACCGCGCGGCCAACGCUGGCCACAGUCGGCUUCCAGGCUCCGAGCGCGCACACCGGCCCCGCAGCCCGCGUCCAGGCUCCGAGCGCGCCUCGCAGCAUCCCGACCCCAAGCGCGCCUCGCAGCAUCCCGACUCCGAGCGCGCAUCCCUGCAUCCCGACUCCGAGCGCGCCUCGCAGCAUCCCGACCCCGAGCGCGCAUCCCGGCGUCCAAGCACCGAGCGCGCAUCUCGGCGUCCAGGCUCCCAGCGCACAGCCCCGUGGCCAGCGUCCAGGGACCCCCGCACGGCAGCAUGGAGCACCCGCAGUCCAGCAGCAUGCGCCAGGACCUGUCGGAGGCCAUGAAGGAGGCCACCAAGGAGGUGCACGUUCAGGCGGAGAAUGCGGAGUUCAUGAAGAACUUCCAGAAGGGCCAGGUCACGCCCAAAAGCUUUAAGCUGGUGAUGGCCUCGCUGUACCACAUCUACGAGGCCCUGGAGGAGGAGAUCGAGCGCAACAAGGAGCACCCGGCGUUCAAGCCGCUGUACUUCCCCGAGGAGCUGCACCGCGGCCCCGCGCUGCAGCGCGCCCUGGCCUUCUGGUUCGGCGCGCGCUGGCGCGAGGCCCUGGCCCCGACGCCCGGCACGCGGCGCUACGUGCAGCGCCUGCGCGACGUGGGGCGGCGCGAGCCCGAGCUGCUGGUGGCACACGCCUACACGCGCUACCUGGGGGACCUGUCCGGGGGCCAGACCCUGCGCAAGAUCGCGCAGAAGGCCCUGGACCUGCCGGCCGGCAGCGACGGCCUGGCCUUCUUCGACUUCCCCAACAUCGACAGCGCCACCAAGUUCAAGCAGCUCUACCGCGCCCGCAUGAACACGCUGGACAUGACCCCCGACGUCAGGCGGCGCGUGCUGGACGAGGCCAAGGCGGCCUUCCUGCUCAACAUCCAGGUGUUUGACGACCUGCAGGAACUGCAGAGGCAGGACGCCGAGGACCAGGGCCCCGCACAGGGGUCGGGCCUGCGACAGCGGCGGGCGGGCAGCGGGGGGCCAGGCUCCGCCCCCGCGGACACCCCCAAAGGGAAGUCCCCCGGCAGCCUCCCCCAGACGCCGCUGCUCCGCUGGGUCCUGAUGCUCGGCUUUCUGGUGGCCACGGUGGCCGCCAUGGGCCUCUACGCCAUGUGAGGGACCGGCCCACCCCAGACCAGAGACGGGGGCGUCUCCUGGGACCCCGGGGGGCCGAACCCCCCCGCCUCUCCACGCAUCUCUCUCUGGAAAGGAAGCAGCAUCUUCACGUGUGGCCAGCAACAUGGACUUGUGGGACUGGAUCAGGGGUCCUUCCUGCCCCUACACACACACACACACACACACAUGCUUACACACAUGUUCACACAUGCACACACAUGUUCACACACAUGGUUACACACAUGGACACACAUGCACACAUGUUCACACACAUAGACACACAUGCACACACAUGUUCACAUGCACACACACACACAUGCACAAACACUUGUUCCUGCAGCAGAGCCGAGAAGACCCCGCCCGCGGUAGCAUCUGUCUUGAACCUUCAGACUUUUGGGGUCUCCCUGACCCGACCACUCCCUUGAACCGUCCGUGGGUCGUGCCUGUUUUUAUACAAGCCUGCCUCGAUGUUGUGUCUUCGUCUUGUUUUCGUGGAAGUCCCUUGGGACUAUCAGCUUAGCCCGGGCUGGUAUUUCCUUGUUGUGUUAUGUUGUUGUUUUUUUUAUAGCGGGG